AUGCAGUCGACACUCCGGUACGGUGAGAAACCCAUUGAGUUUCAGUUGGAGACUGAUGGGGAAUUUUACUACCUGGCUUCCGAGGUUGGACGCUACUUGCGAUUGUUCCGAGGCGAACUGUUGAAACGUUAUCCAAACCUAUGGAAACGACUUGCCACACCGGAAGAACGCGAAAAGCUGGUCGCGAUGGGUCUCGCGACCCCGAUCACGGCCUUAAAUGCCACGAUCUUAAGGGCAAUCGAAGUUGACGAAUUGAUCGGCGGUGGGGAAGAUCGCUUCAAGUCUUUCGAGGGUUUCUCCGGAACCGGACUUAAUGGCACAGUAAAUUCGAUUGCUCCGAGCGCCAUUCGUCCGAAUCUGGCGAAUUCAUCAGCCUCCGCAUCUGGUGGGGCCUUCGGCUCAGCGACAACCACAGCGGGAAUCGUUGGCGCCGGCGACGCACUUGGCCAGGCCUCGGGCACGCCGGUCAAAGCCGGCGCAAACACCAAUAUCUCGCGUGGAGCCAACUCCCUGUCGGGCCGUUGGGUUUCCUCCGUGCCCAACACUUCCUUCCACCUCGACUCCGUCCCCUGUCCCACUCCCAUCGGGGCUGGCGCCAGUGCUGCUCGCUCUCGAUCAAAUAAGACCACCAGUAAGGUCUCCAGUUUUCCCAUCUGCUUGGACGACUCCGAUCCAGUGGCGUAUCACGAGAACGCCCAACAACCAGAGCACCUGGUUCCCAUCAGGCUAGACAUCGAAUUCGACGGAGUGAAGUUGAGAGACUGUUUCACCUGGAACCGCACCGAACAGCUCAUCACCCCGGAGCAGUUCGCUGAAAUCCUCUGCGACGACCUCGACCUCAACCCGAUCUCCUUCGUUCCCGCCAUCUCCCAGGCAAUCCGACAGCAGGUGGCAGCCCACCCGGUGGAGAAUAUCCUCUCCGGUCAGACGGACACGCGUGUCAUCAUCCGCCUGAACAUUCACGUCGGCAACAUGUCGUUGGUGGACCAGUUCGAGUGGGACCUCUCCGAGCCCUCCAACUCACCCGAGCAGUUCGCUGCGCGUCUCUGUGCGGAGUUGGGUCUGGGCGGGGAGUUCGUCACUGCUGUGGCCUACAGCAUCCGCGGACAGCUGGCUUGGCACCAGAGGCUCUAUGCCUUCACUGAAUCUCCGUUGCCGACAAUCGACGUGGUCUACCGCAGCCCCAAUGAGGCCGAUCAGUGGAGUCCGAUCGUGGAGGUGCUCACCGACGCCGAGAUGGAGAAGAAGAUCCGCGAUCAGGACCGCAAUACUCGACGCAUGCGUCGCCUGGCCAACACUCAGCCAAGUUGGUAG